UUGAAUUCAAUAUGGCGACUUACAGUAGUCGCGAUGUGUUAGAGGCAAUGGAAUUGCUCAUUUCACCUGUCCAGCAGCAAUCACAAAGUGAAAAAAGUGAUGGGCUGUCAAUGGUAUUUCAGAUAAAUUUGAAAAGAUUACAUGACAGAAUUAAACAGGAACAGUAUUCUGAGUCUGAAUUACAUCUGCAUUUACCAGUGUGCAAAGAAGUGCAAACGUCAUUAGAAUGGUCUGCUAUCUACUUAGAAACAUGUUUGCAGUUAUUACUAUGUCUGAAACAGUCUUUGCAAAAAGUGGAAGAGAAAAAAGAAAAUAAAAGAGACGAGAAUUUCAAACAUAAACGGCCACAUGAUUGUGCACCUCCUCUAUCACCAGCAACGCUUAGCAUCAAUGAUCAGAAAGUUGUCACCACUUUAACUCAGUUCAUUGUUUGCCUUGGAAUUGCUCCAAAUCUUGAUGCAGGUGUUGGCAUUCCACUGUCAAUGAGAUCAGAUUUUAGUGUACUCUUGAGUAAGACCAGCAUCUCAUCAGAUUUAUCUCUGGAGUCUGAAAAUCAGAACCUUGCUAGAGUCAUGAGAAAGCUACUGGAUUCUACCGAUCUGGCAGCAUUGGGAGGUAUUAUUCUCUCAAAGUAUUUGAAUGACUUCCUAGCUGCUCUGGUGCAACUAAGUUUCAAGCCACAAAGCUCAAAAGCAGUUGGAGAUGCUGCCAAUUUGAACAAGGAAAGUGCUUCCUCUAUUACGCUCCCGGAUCCUCUGUCAGUAGAGAAAGGAUCAAGUAAACAUCCAGAAGAUCAUUUAGAAGCUGCUGAAAAUGCAUCAAACCUUGUAGGUUCUUCCGAUACACCAAAUGAUCAUCUGGUAGGGUCUUCAGGAACACCACCAGUUGAUCGCCAUGUUUGGAGGAAAGAGUUGGAGCUCCUUUUAAAUAAGCUCUAUCAACCGAUGGUCAUUCGUGAACUACUUUUACUCCAAGGGGGUCUUUCUAAGAGGGUUAAAGACAGGACUAAAGCGAAGAACCCUUUGCCACCAGCUCCUGUAUGGCUACGGAAAGUCUGUGGGAAAUUGUUGUCAGAGAGGUUGAUGAAGCCUAAUGGAGUACACAAUGUUCUUUGUGGAAUACUUGACAGUACUGGAGGUGGUGCAGCUGACAACUGGAAACAGUGCGAAAUGAUUGCAAAGCUUCUUGUGAAUUGUCCAAAGCAAAUUCACAUAGCAACCUACUAUCAAAACAUCUGUCCACAGGUUCUUGAUCUUGUCACCUGUAAAGAUGUCCUACUAAUGAAGAAGUUUCUUAGAAUUGCCUGCUGCUUCAUCAGUGAUGUUAUCACAAGGCAUCAAGAUUUAGGCCAAGAAUUGCUCAUCAAACCCUUACAGCAUCCUCUCUUAAAGUGUAUUGAUGCAGAUGGCAUCUUACAAUCAACACCUGGAAGUGUCUUCAUUCUUGAGGAUUCAAUCUCAACCUGUGUUGACAGUCUUCAUAAAGUCUAUGUGAAUGGAGGAUCUGAACCAUCACAGGACCUCCUGCAGACAAUUCAACCAAUCAUACAUCCUCUUUUUAAUCUAUGUGUAUUUCUGAAAGAUGGAAUAUCUCAUUUGAGGUCACCUGUGGAAGAUAUACUGCAUUGGUAUUUUAAGAUGACUGACACAGAGAUUUCCAUCAGAAUUCUCAAGCAUCUAACUCUUCUCAAGUCUGACCCCUUGCUGGGAGUAAUGUCUCCAUGGUUGGUAUUCUCACCUGGGUCAGGAGGUGGUGCCAUAGUGAUGGUUUCAGAAGAUAAAAGGUCUUCCGAGACGGCUUCUGUAGAUGUAUUGGGUGAACAGGAUGUAGCAGCAACAGUGUUAUUCGAAAUUAUCGCCAAAUCAAAGAUGAAUAAAUUAAUGGGAGAUUUCUUCAUUGCACUCUUAAAGGAAUUAACAAACAUAGUAAAUGGCAGCACAGAAGAGAGCAAGAAGAAUACCAGUGAAAUCUGUGCAGACUCAAAAGUACUAUUACAAUUAAAAAUCAGCCAGUCAGAUAAGCUACACAGCAUCCAGCAUGCUUUAGUUGUCCUCAACCUUGUUGCUAAGAUGUGUGAGGAGAUGGGACCAGCAAUCCUGAAGAAUAAAGUACAAAUGAUAGCGUUUGUAGAAGCAACAUUGCAGCGGGCCUGUAACAGUAUGGCUGGAGAUGGUGAAGAUGAGGAAUGUCAAGAUAAGUCAACUAUGUUUGAGGAUGAGACACUUAGCAUGGCUCUAGGCUUGCUCACCCUCAUUGUGGCUGAUAUUAAACAUGUUAAUACAGAGCUAAAGAAGAUGUUGACAUCACUCCUUCCGUUGCUCAACAUCAUAGGAGACCAGCAUCGCAACAAGCACUUGAAAGAGAUGUCAUCUAGCAUACGAGUCACUAUUGCCACACAUGGUGCUUUGAAAGUAGACUUGCCAUCUGACACUGAUGGUCAAUCGAUUAAGAAAAAACUACUUCCUAAAGGAGAAACAAAAGAUUCCAGUUCGAAAUGUGAAGGGAAUGGCAACAAGGAAGAUGCUAGUAGCAUGGUUGCAGAAGCAAGUUGCGGUAAUUUGGAGAAAAAUGAUCCUUAUAGUAAAUUAGAAGUCACUCCAGAAGGAGGAAGCCAAACAGAAUCUGAUACAGACUUAGUGAGUGAAUCAUUUGAUGAAGCAUUUAAAGAUCUCUUUGAUCCUUUACUACCGGUCAGAGGUCAUGCAUUGAUAGCUCUUGGCAAACUUCUCCGUGCAAAGGACCCGAAGUCUAUGCAGAAGAAAGACAUUUUAUUUCGGACGUUCAAAGAGAAGUUGACCGAUGAUGAUACAUACAUCUAUUUGGCUGCCAUUCAAGGUCUGGAAGCCAUGUCAGAUGUGUUCCCUGAUCAGGUGAUACCAGCUCUGUGUACAGAGUAUGCUAAUUGGGAGAAGAAAACUACCAGUGAUAAUGAAGUGAGGAUGAAGAUUGGGGAAUCUCUUGUCAAGGCAACCAGAAACUUAGGUGAGCUAGUGCCACAUUUUAGGCAUGAACUUCUUGCUGCCAUCCUAACAGUCACCAAGGAUCCGGAUCCAGACGUUUGUGCCAGCAGUUUGGCAAACCUUGGAGAAGUUUGCAAACUACUCAAGUUCUCCUUGGGCUCAGUAAUUCACGAGGUGCUGAACUGCUUAGUGUCAAUCCUGCAGACAGAUAACCAAGUUAUUGUGAAGAGGGCAUGUGUCAAUGUUGUCACCUUGAUUUUAAGGGGCCUUGGUAAAGAAGCUUUGACGAUUCUCGAAUCCAGUUUGUUGAAUUUGUACCGUACUUUAAAACUAACAUUAAGAACAGAAAGUGAUGAUGUCGUGAAAUUGCAUGCAGAGUUAGCAUUACAGGAGAUGGAUAUAUUUAUGAGGGAGUACUUAUUUCCCAAACAGUCGCUGAGUAAGAAAAUCAUUGUCUUACCAUGAUGUCCGGUGGACUCAUAAAGACCGAUAAAAUAAAUAUAUUUUAUUUACCAUAUAAUUUGUAUUCUGUUUCAUUAUUUGUUGACAUCAAAAUCUGUUAAUGCAUCUAUUAAAACAGCCUUUAUGUGCUUCAUAGUAUUGCCUUGGUCUUCACCAAUUGUCUGCAGAUUUUCCUUGAACCCAGUUUUUAUAUUUAUUUAAAAAAUUUAUCCUUCAAAAGCCAAAAAAUUAAAAACCUAAUAACUAAGCAAACAGAUGUAAAUACUGCAUUUGAUUGUUCGUUUGUUUAUUCACUCAAUAGACAAGACAAACUGAAAAGGGAAUGAGGUAGUAUUUGUAAUCCUUAAAUUUACAUUGAGAGAGGUGUUCUUUCAUGGCAAAAAGGUAUUUUGGUAGAUACUGACCCAUUAGGUUUCUUGUACAGUACUUGAAAACAGUAUUAUGAAUACAAUGUUAAGAAUAUAAGUGGUUUUAAAGGAUAAUAUAUAUACUACAUUAACUUUAAAAUAAUAAUAAUUAAGAGUUAUUCCUUCAAAUAUAGGUAUCUGUACUGGUAAAAUUACUGGUAUUGCACCUUUCUAAAAUACAGUAUAUCAAAUAUAAUCCUAAAUUUAGUAAU